AUGCCAUCCUUCAUUAUCAAUCGUUGCAAAAUGUCCAGUGCACCCAUUACUCACAUCAUUGAGAUCGAUGUCGGGGUCGAUUUAUCAAAUGUUCUCUUUGAAUUAGCUCAGCAUCGAGGGAGAUCCAUUAGUGUUCUUAAUGGUAGAGGAAUGGUGGAGCAAGUCACGCUUCGUCAAGCCACAGGGAGAAUCAUAACCCAUCAAGGAAGGUUCAAUAUAAUCUCAAUAUUUGGGACAAUCAUCCCAUCAUCAACAUUGGAGAGUGCAGGAGAAUUAGAAGUCAACUUAUCAACCCCUGCAUUUGAAGUGAUAAGAGGGAUUGUGAUUUCUCCUCUAGUGGCCUCAAGUCCUGUGAUAUUGACUGUCUUAUCAUCUUCAAUCACUGGAGUUUAA